AACAGUCUCAAUCUCAGUGUAUUUUCCCUCCAGUUCUUUCCUCAAUUUUCCCUCCAAAAAUUCUGCCCCUCUUUCUUUCUCUCUCAUUCCCUCAUCUUUUGAAACCCUAAUCCUCUCUCUCUCUCUCUCUGCUUCCUCCCUCUCCUUUGUUUGUUCUUAUUUCCACUCUACCAAUACUUACUUGUUAGCCUUAGCAGUUAGCCCCCAAUUUUCUUUUUUACACUGUCUCCUUUUUCUUUAUUUAUCUGUAAAAAGUCUUCGCUUUUUAGGUAUUUAACCUAGAUUUGUAAUCGCUGAUGAGUUUGGAAGUGAAAUAAAAAAUGGGCCCUCUUGGAAGCGACAAUGGCGAUAUUAAACCCUCUGAAAUGAACCCAAGCUCGGAUUUUUCAUAUUCCGAUACUCAGCCCUUCGAAUUUGAUUCCCAAUAUUCAUUUUUGGGUGAUAAAGCUGAUAACGAGGAUAGUGAUGAAUUAGACUAUCUACAAAGUACAGUUCCUUUUGACGAUUAUAAUGUUCAGGUCGAGGAUGGAUUGGAGACCCAGGCUCUCAAUCUUGGGGGGGAAACUCAAGUGUUGAACUUCGAUGGUGAAACACAGGUUUUGGAUGAUUUAGAUUGCUUUGAGAAUAUGGAGACUCAAUUGUUGGAUGAAUUCAAUGAUGCAAUUGCUGCGGAUAGUGACAGUGAAGGAAUGGAAGGGACUGAGAUAUUAGACCAAGGUGAUGAGGUCUCAAAUGAUGAGAUAGUAACAGGAGACUGCGGCCAAUUCUUGUUCCAGAAGAAGGAAUCUUUGGAGCAACAUAAUGCUUCUACCAAUGAACAAAUGAAUUCAGGGAUCCAUGGUUCUACAACAACACCGGAUGUCAGAGCUGUGCCGGAAUCAAAAUCCAGAUCUGUAAGGUUUACUUCAGUUCGUGCAGCAGCCUUGCGUGCCUCUGGUCUUGCAGCUCGUAAAGCAGCAUUACGGGGAAUGAAUGGCAAGUCUUGUUUCAUCCAGACUGAUUGUCAGUUUUCAGACCAGUGCACAAUUAAAAGUGAUGGUUCAAAUCCUAAUGUUGUGGAGAAGAUGAAUCAGGCACAACAUCUGGUUAAUCGUGAAGAGAACUCAAUUGGUUUAAGGCAUGGAACCAAUUGCAGGGUUGGUUGUUCAACUGUGAGAAAACUUUUUGCCGAAAGGUCUUCUUGCAGAAGUGAAAAUGUGGAUGCAAGAGAUGACGUGCUUCAGUUUCCUGCAAGUGAUGGUCAGUUAGCAGGUUUAAGCUAUAUUGACUCUGAAGAACCUGGGGAGUUAUCACAAUCUAAUGCACUUAAUUUUGUGGAAAGGUUUGUAAAUGAUAAGAUGACAGAGCUUGAUGAUCAAGUUGACCUAGGAAAGAGUACUGGGAGAAAAUCACUUAUUUCAUGUGCGAUAAUAGGGCCACAAAGUUUGGCCAAGAAAACAGUUGAAAGGACGGCUGUUGAAACACAGAUUUUUGAUUGGGAUGAUGCUUUGGAGGAUGAAGGAGGGGGUGAUAUUUAUUGUAGAAGGAAGGAAGAAUUCUAUGGUGAUGGAAGCCACGCACGGAAAAAUUCUAACCAUGCCCAUAAGCCUAAAGGAGGUAAACUCAAUGAAUCUUGCAAUGUAGACCAACCAAAUGCCCACGAUAAAGAGAUAGUUGAUUCUGAUUCAAAAUCAUUGUUGUGCAAGUCAAAAGAUAAUGGCAAGCCAGUGGGAGAAGGUCAACUGGAUUUUAGGAAGAAUCUUUUGAAUGAGUUUGAUGAACAGUGUAACUCAGAUUCCUCUAGAGGACAAUUGGAAGCUGCUGCUGCUGAACUAAAUGUAGGUUUCGACACUCAGAUGGCUGCUGAAGCUAUGGAAGCAUUAUUUUAUGGGGACAUGGCUACUGACGUGAAUGGUAAUCAAGGUUUCCCAGGCAUAUCAAAGGGUUCCUCAAAAGUUUUGUGUAGAGGAAAAUGCAGGAAGAGAAUUUCUUCUAGAGAAUGCAUAUUGAGAAAGGGUGUUUAUUGUUAUGGUGCUGCUCCAGUUACUAGGCAAUCCAAGAGAACUCGAGAGUCUUCGGUUUUGCCGAAUAUAAGUUCAAAAAAUGUCCGGAAGGAGUGUGAUACUGAUCUACUUCUACCGAAAACAAAGAAAGCGAAAUCAAAUAAUGAUAAGAACCAAAACAAUGGUGGCAUUAAUAUGACCAAGAUGCCCUCAAAGAGUAUCAAGAAAAGAAAGGCAGGUGGAGCUUUGACGAGGAGUCAACUUCAUGGCACUGGAAGGUCAACUAUGAGCAGCUCAAUUAAGAAACGGCAUCUUGAGGAGGUUUGUACUGUUACACCCAUUGCUCAUCGGACGAGGCAAUCCUUGGUCAUGAAUGCACAAAUAGCUGAGGCUUCAGCCAGUGAUUGUAGAAAAGGUAAAAAACUUGAAAAAGAGGUUGGUUUACUUCAAGAGAAUAGAACCAGGAGUAUAGAUGUUACAGAUGUUGAGUUAUCUUUAGCGUCAAAUGCCGAAGAGCAAUUUUCUAAAUUGCAUUCUAACCAAUCUGGGGAGCAUGGAAAUGUUGAAUCAUGUAAUGAUGACCAAUUGCAUUUGGGGUUGAUUGCUGGGAAUAAUGGCAAUCAUGGAUCGAGCUAUCCCAAACAUAGAUCUUCCCGCAAAAUGUCUGUUCAUGUUGGUGAAUCUGAUAACUUGGAAGCACCGUCUGGAAAGUCUGUUCAGCUAGAUAAUGAACCAUCAAUUCCCGUGGUAAAAAAGUCCAGAAGAAACAAUAGGAGCACUUGCAUUCGUUCUACCACUGUGAGGAUAACACGAUCAUCCAGGAAUACUUGUCCUGUUCUGCAUUUUCCAGACCAGAAUUCAGAAGGAAAAUUGUCUCGUCAAAGUUCAGAUAAACAAGGUUCAAAGGACAAUGCGGUUAAUUGCAAUUCUACCAAGAUGAAUAGGAGGAUGAUAUCUACAAGCAUAACUGGACCUGAAGCAGCAAAGGAAAUCCAGCACUCUGGAGGAAACCAUGUUGCAGUUUCUUCACCAAUUGCAGAAAACUUAGCUGUGAAUGUUGCUACCAAUAAGUCACCAGAAGAGAAAUCAAGAUCUCUCGGUUCUCUAUGCACUACGCCAGUUAACUGUCCAACACCUAUAAAUGCAGCAUCACCUGUUUGUAUGGGUGAGGAAUAUUUUAAACAAUCCUGCAAGAAGAACUUGUCAAAAUCUUUGCUUAUCAAAGAACUCCGAAGUUUAAACCCAAUCGACCCGGAACCUAUUUCUCCUUCAAAAGAUAUGAGGAAGAGAAGGGAUUUGGCUGAUAUUAGAGUCUUGUUCAGCAACCACCUCGAUGAAGAUAUAAUUAAACAGCAGAAAAAGAUCUUGGCCCGCCUAGGCAUCUCUGAGGCAUCAUCUAUUUUAGCUGCAACACACUUUGUAACAGAUAAAUUUGUGCGUACUAGGAAUAUGUUGGAAGCAAUUGCUUCGGGCAAACCAGUUGUCACACAUUUAUGGCUUGAAAGCGUUGGACAGGUUAACAUUCACAUUGAUGAAGAAGCUUAUAUAUUGAGGGACAUCAAAAAGGAGAAAGAGUUUGGGUUUUGCAUGCCAGCUUCUUUAGCACGUGCAUGCAGGCGACCUUUAUUACAGGGCCGAAGAGUUUUAAUCACCCCAAAUACAAAGCCAAAUAAAGAAACAAUUGUGCAUUUGGUUGCAGUGCUCCAUGGUCAGGCCUUAGAGAGAAUUGGUAGGUCUGCUAUGAAGGAUGACAAAGUCCUGGAUGAUUUGUUGAUUCUAUCAUGUGAAGAAGAUUAUGCAAUUUGUGUUCCUUUUCUUGAAAAAGGGGCAGCAGUUUACAGUUCUGAGCUACUACUGAAUGGAAUAGUUACUCAAAAGCUGGAUUAUGAGAGGCAUCGUCUCUUUGCAGAUCAUGUUAGAAAAACACGCUCCACCAUAUGGCUAAGAAAGGAUAAUAAGUUCCUACCUGUGACAAAGCAUAAAUGAAGUUUUUGGCUUUAUUUUUUAUUUUCAACUUCCUAAGAAUUUUCUUCCCCUUUUUUAAUGUUAUGUUUUUUUUCCCUUAGGGACAUAAUCUUUGUUAGAUUUAGGAUUUUAGAACCCAGUGAUCAGUAUAUAUCAUAGGAUUAGUGUAGCUGUAUAUUGUAGUAUAAUCAUGAAACAGUAUUAUGAGUGGUUUGUACUAUAAUCAUACAUAUCGCUCUCUUUUACUAGUACCCUUUUGCUAUGA